AAAUGGGAGGGCACACUUGAACCGAGCUGCUCUAUGAAGGUAGGCUGCAGCGUGUGUUUAUUGAUGAGAUGAAAAGAAGAUGGAAGUGAGAAAUGAAACAAAGUAAAGGAACACAUUUCAAAUCAUCACAAUAACAUCCACAAAUAAUAAAGUGCAACAGCUCUUCGUCGGGGGAGGACAAUAAAAAAAGAAAAAGACGCAAGGGGAGCCGUGGAAACGCUGUCGCCACUUUUUCAACGUGCUUCGAAGUGCAGAGCAACACAGGAUUUGGACAGAGAGGACUGAGAGCCUUGCCCAGCACCCGGCCUCUGAUCAGCCAUCUCCACCAGCAAACUGAAGCUUGACCCGCACUUCAUCACCAGCCACACAAGCAUCUUCGUAACAAAACGUCAUCUGACUGUGACAUCAGUUGCAAGGGGAUGACCGAGCGCAUUCAUAACAUCAAUCUCCACAACUUCAGCAAUUCUGUACUUGAGACCCUCAAUGAGCAGCGCAACCGUGGGCACUUCUGUGACGUGACUGUUCGGAUCCAUGGAAGUAUGCUGCGAGCUCACCGGUGCGUGCUGGCCGCUGGAAGCCCCUUCUUUCAGGACAAGCUGCUCUUGGGCUACAGCGACAUUGAGAUCCCUUCUGUGGUCUCGGUGCAAUCCAUCCAAAAGCUGAUUGACUUUAUGUACAGUGGGAUCCUGCGGGUGUCUCAGUCAGAGGCCCUGCAGAUCCUUACUGCUGCCAGCAUCCUACAGAUCAAGACCGUCAUCGAUGAGUGCACCCGCAUCGUGUCCCAGAAUGUGGGCCUGGCCGGGCCAGGGGGGUUUGCUGUUAUGCCAGGAGACUCUGGUCAGGAAACACCCCGCGGCACGCCGGAGUCAGGCACCUCUGGGCCCAGCAGCGACGCAGAGUCAGGCUAUAUGCAAGCAACAUCCCAGCAAAGCAUGGAUCGUGCAUACACAUCACUGUACACCUACCCUGGCCUCCCUCUGCAGAACGGCACCCGCGAGCGCCCCCCUUAUAAUAACCCUCUGUCGACAAACUACGAUUCAACUCUCAGCAAUCAGAAGGACCACCAGUCUCAAGAUCCGCCCUGGAUAAACCGACUCCAGGAGAGGUCUCAGCAGGGCGAUCGCUUCAUCACAGGAGAGUCCACUCACUGCCGCAAACAAACCCGACCGUCACGCUUACCGGUCGGGGUUACAACAGGAGGGAUGCACAUAAAGCAGGAGGCCGAAGAUGAGUACAGCUGCUACGGGGACUGCCAAGACGACACUGACCAUACCGAGGGUGUAGAGAGUGAAUCCAAGGUUGAAAGUUUUGACUCAGGGGUGAGCUCCUCCAUCAGCACUGAGCCAGAUGCUAUGGAGCAGCAGCCGUACCUGACGGUCUUUGGCCGAGAUGGGAGCGGGGACGGGCACCAAGGUGAAGGAAUUCCAGUACAGAUAGAGGUCAAUGACUCGUCCCCAGAGCAAGUGCACGAGUCAGAGGACGGGGACACAUCCCACAGCACUAGUGACAGUAGCAUGAUGCAGCCCCUGCCAAACUCAGUCAUGUCCCAGGCCCUGCAAAAUGCCCCGCCCUACAUGCGCCAGGCAGAAUCACACACCAGCAAUCUGAGGAUGACCGUGACCAGCAAUUCCCAAGUGAUGGGCACUGCUGGAAGCACCUUCCUGCCCACACUCUUUCCUACACAGACGGCUAGAGACAACAAGCCUUUGUUUUUCCUUCCCGGCCAGCAGCAGACACAGUUUGUGGCAGUGCCACCUCCUGCAAUGCCAUCAUUCCCAAACGCCAUGUCGGUACAGCAAGUGGCCGUUCAACAGCAACAGGCUGCAAUAUUGGGUCAGGGGGAAAAGAAGCCCUAUGAAUGCACUCUCUGCAGUAAAACCUUUACUGCAAAACAGAACUACGUCAAACACAUGUUUGUCCAUACUGGUGAGAAACCUCAUCAGUGCAGCAUCUGCUGGCGCUCAUUCUCCCUGAAGGAUUACUUAAUCAAACACAUGGUGACACACACAGGGGUGCGGGCCUACCAGUGCAGCAUCUGCAACAAGCGCUUCACCCAGAAGAGUUCUCUCAAUGUCCACAUGCGGCUGCACCGGGGAGAGAAGUCCUACGAGUGCUACAUCUGCAAGAAGAAGUUUUCACACAAGACCCUGCUGGAGAGGCACAUGGCCCUGCACAGCACAGGCAGCUCCAUCACGGGGCUGUCGGGGAGCGUAUCCACCCCGGGCCCCGUCUCCAUCCCCAUGCCUAUGGCUGUCCCUGAGCCUGGAGCUGGAGUGGUGGCCCUCGCCAUGCCAGUGAGUGGAGGUGCUGGAGUAGGGGCCGGGGUUGGAACAGGAGUGGGUGUUGCUGCAGAAGCGAGCUGCCAAGAAGGGACCACCUACGUGUGCUCCGUCUGCCCUGCCAAGUUCGACCAAAUUGAGCACUUCAAUGACCACAUGCGAAUGCAUGUCUCCGAUGGAUAAGUACAAAUAGAUAAACUUCUUUCAAAAAGAAUGACAAAUAAAAUGGCACUAGAUUUUCCUUUUCUUAUUUUGAGGUAUGAAGAGUAAUGAGUAUAGACACUGGCACAUUAAGUUUCCCAAAAAAGAUUUUUUUUUGUUAUUCUAAAAGAAAAAAAAGAUGGUGGCCUUAAGGCUUAGUAGUUUGAUAUUGAUCUACUGGAUGGAUCCUAACUACAGGCCUCUAAAUGUAUGCUUUCCUAAAAUACUGAUUUAUGUGUUGAACACUACCGAAAGGCCUACGAAAGAAACACAUACACACAAACACACCUUUAGUGUAGAUCUGUCUGAGUGAAUAUACAUGUGCAUUUAUGUUUGAGCGUUUGUGUAUUUGCAUGUGUCUGUCCAAGUGUGUGCGUGUGUGUGUGUUUGUGUGUGUGUGUGUGUGUGUGUGUGUGUGUGUGUACAUUGCCAUGAGACCUCUAUCAUGGCAGUCGUGAACCCAUACUGACCAGUUUGGAAACUAAAGAUGUCCAAGCUUACUGUGGUAUAAUUUACAACAACAAUAACAAAAAGAAAUUGUCUGGGGUUGGGCUAAAUAUUCCCUCUAAGAAUACUGAUGGUCACAAUAUUGCCUUCUUAUGUAAAAUAAAAAAAGGAGAGUAGUUAAUUUGACACUGGGUUUUAUUUAUUCCUAUGGUAUUAAGGGAUUAUAAUGCAGCUGUUGUCAAGGUACCAAUUUCAAUCAUUUUACUGAAAUGUAAACUCGCUGUCUACGGCGACAGAGACAAAUAUUUCUCAUAUGUUUUGUAAUUGUUGUCCAUGCAUUCUGAUGGUUUACUAAAUUAAGGUGUGUUGACGAGACAGUAUUUGAGCAAAAACAUGUUUCUUUUUUUCUGAAGUUUGGAGUUUAACUCAUUUGCAUACACUGCCACUAAUAUCUUAAAAGACUGUUAAGGCUAGUAGACCUCUUCCAUUUCAGAACAUGAGAAAAAAAGAAAGAUUCUUUUGCUGGUGGUUUUUAAAGCCUUUUACAAUCACAGUUAUGGCAGGCUGGAAUAUGCGACUAAACUCUCUCCUUCGUAAUUGCUGCUCCUCAACUUGCACCUGACUGUUAUGGGAUGUAGAUUCAACAAAAAACUAAAAAUAAUUUGUCACUUAAACUAAUUGUUUUUCAGUAGCCUACAUGGUUUUGAUUUGAUAAUUCAAUUCGAUUUCUGGGGGGAGGGCAGGUUCAGGCAAAUUGUUGAUUGGAACAGUGUUUAAAAGGAGGGAUUUCAUUGACUAAAAUUUAAAUUGGGAAUAAAAGCCCCUGUGUACACUGUUCUUUAACAUUGCAAGGCCAUUUCUGCAGGUGGGAGCCAAGUGCAUUACUCAUUAUGCGCUGGCUCCCCCUGAAGGCUCGAAUGGCAUUCCACGCUUUGAAAGGAAAUACAGUAUCAAAGCAAAACGAGUAGCUCCACUGAUCGAUCUGACACCGUCUCCUGAUAUACCGCAAGUCGCAGAUGGAUUUUCUAGACAAUAGUAUACAUUCCUGAUUUUUCUAAACACACAGACACAGCAUGUACAGAAGAGAUUUGGAAGCUAGUGUGCACAAGUUGUCAUCCAUGUAUCACAUCACUUAAGGCUCAUUUCUGACAUUUGGAAUUGUUUUGUAUUGCUCUGUAUCCAAAUUAGGACACACACACACACACACACACACACACAUGCAACCGCCUGCAACUGCAACCUGAAGGAUUUGUUCAUCUAUGUGAGCAAACACUUUUCGUAGUUGUGUCGCUCAAAAGAAUAACUGCAUACAGCGGUCUUAUGAAGACCAGCUGUUUUUUCAAAAAAACAAAGUGCUAGUUUGCACAUUUUCUUAAAAUGCCUGUGCUUAAUAUUUAAUCAUUUUCCUUAUAUGAACUUCUAUGAUUUUUCUUUUAUUCAAUUUCAAAGGAAAAAAAAUCAUUUUUUUAAAUCUUGAUAAGUGGACUGCAUUAUUUUCUUGCAUAUAUGUUGCACUGCUUAAACCAAUAAGUGCACUACUGUUAACAGAGAUAUUAUAGUUUUAGAAAAGAGGAUUUUUUUUAAUCUAACAUUUGGUUGUAGAGUUCACAUGUAGUAGAAUAGCUUUGUUUCAAUUUAUUCAUUAAGUAAUUCAGCGGUUCUUGGCUUUUGUUAUUUGCUUGCACUUACCUACAGUUUAAGUAUACUCGUGUCGUGUUAAUGCAAGCUUUUAUUUUAAUUUAAAUCUGUACCAUUAUGUGUGCUGCAUCUACGUUUAACCUUUGUAUUCAUUCUUUUUACGGAGUCAGUUCCCGACUAUUCAGUUGCAUUUCUUUAGACACACAACAGAAUUUUCCUGCGUGAACAUCCAAGCCAAACAACAUUAACAGUAAAACAACAAGUAAUAAUAAACACAGCUCCCGUCCAACUCCGUUGCCGGAGGUAAUCAUAGUGACUAUUAUUAUAUUAUUAAGGAUAACACAUUUAUAAUGUGUGUGUGUGUGUAACAUAAAUGAUAUGUGUGUCCGAGAACAACUUUCUGUGGGUUUAAAGGUGUGUGAAGGUGAUGGAAUGCAGCUUCUUUGAUAUCUGUCUGUCACUUGUACACAGUUGUGUCCCUUCCUUAGUGUUUGUGUGUCUGUGAGUGUCUGUGAGUGGUAUUUAGCCUAAUCAACUGUUGAUAAGUGGAAUAUCUGAACUGUAGGGCUUCCUUUGCAAUAUGCAGCACAGGUACUACGAGACGCAGCUCUCCAAACCUUUUGGGCUUCAUGCAGGCACCUGCCACAUUUGUUCUGAGAUCUGACUAAAGCCGAGGUCAAGUGCUGUUGACUUUAUUGUUUGGAGAAGCUAUGUCAAGCAUUUUGAUGCUAGAUUUUCCGAUCCCUGUGUAGUCGUGUGUGACGUGAGGUUAGGUGAUGAGCAUGGGGAGAGAUUCUGUUUUGGGCUUUUUUUCCCCUAGAAUAACAAAAAAAGUGAAUGAGAAACACAGUGGAAAAGCGUGAGGCCAUGGUCCUCAGUAAAGUAGCACAUUAUUUAACAUUUGAUUGGGCCUGUCUCUUACGGUGUGCAUAUAAGCCUAAAAUGUAUGGUCUCUGUUUGUAGCUGUUGUUGCCAGGAGGGCAAUAUUGCUGCAUGCUAGUGCUAUAUUUGUCUCUACACAGCACGUGGAGGGUAAUCUCAUGCCUUAACAGACAAUGCACUAAAUAGAAUAUGUAAGCAACUGCCGACAUCUCUUUCCAACAGUAUUGCCACAUGUUUGGCACACAGCUCAUGAUGUUGGUGUCCGUCGUCCGUUCAGUACCAAGUUAAACACUGCCAAUCCAGCACCAUCACUUCUUCGAAAGCAAAGGCAGACAGUUUAGUUCAAUUGUGUCAGUGUAACGUGUGUAUUCAGUAAUCUAGCAUUCCUCCAUGGCACCGAAAAUUUUACAUAUUUUGUGUAAACACAUAUAUCAAAUGCACUAUUGACUGUAGCUAGAUGAGUACAACCAGCUUUGUGGUAUCAUUGGUCUAAAGAGUAGGUAACGUAGCUCGAUGUUGGUUUUUGAAAUAUUUGAUUUCACGAUUACACUAUCAAUCAUUUCACUCUCUUCUUUUUUUUUUCUUUUUCUUUUUAGAAUAACAAAAGUAGCCAAUUCUCAACGUUAUGUGGAUGAGGGCUAUGGAUCUGUCCCAUCGUCAGUUGACGUCUUGUAUCAUAAGGUGUUUGAUAGCAGUCCAGGCUCGGAAGGGGGAGUGACUUCAUCCCUCCAGUGUGUCAUAACGUUUCUAUAGCAUACCCCCGGCUUCUUUCCUUCCCCCUGUUGCAUUUUGCAUCACAUGCUCUUCACUGUCCAUAGUUAUAUAUUCCUUCUUCUGCUUCAGCUACUCGUGGUGGUGCUUAAUUCUCUUUUCUCAGUGUUGCAAUCAAGUCGGCUCAGGGUUGUCGAGGGGUUGCAACAUUAUCCCGAAUAAUAAGUCCUUAUCUCAAUCGUGCUUCUUCUAGUUGUUAGUUUUUUGAAGAGAAAAAAAAUAAGCCUAGACUUUAUGUUUGCAGAGUGUGCGCAUAUUUUCCAGAACAAAACAUAUUGAAACGUAGAAAAUAGCCUUGAGCCUGCAGCUGUUUGUACUGUGUUUCAAAUAUAUUACUGUUCAUGUUUUGUUUAUCUUAGUGUAGAGACAUAGGGUCUACAGUACAUUGUUGUCCUUCUUGCAGUAUGUUUAAUUCAUCGUAAUACUUCUGUUUUCUUUCAGACUUCCUCCUGCUUUUUUCUGGUGAUCAUAGUGGUGUUGUUUAUACAUACAUAGCUUCACGCGACUGGAUAAAGGUUAGUCAGUUAUCGAGUCAUUUUUCACAUUGUACUAUAUAUAUAAAUAUAUACAUAUGCAUAUAUACUUUGCAUUGAGAUGAAAACAAGGAAAUGGGAGAUACUAAUGGUGAGGGUCAUGUUGAGUAAGGAACAGGUUCAUUUUAUUCUGAUAAGCAUGUGUCUGUCUUCCUGUUUGUCUUUCAGUCCGUCUCCACACAUUCAAAGUCAGAUUUUUUAUUUUGUUUUUGUUUUAUUUUUGAAGCAUGAAUAAAGUCUAGGAGUAGAAAACAGAAAACACAUGAAACCGCUCAGAUAAAUACUUAACUGCAUUCUUUGUCCUUCCACAGUACACAUACGAAUGAAAUAGAUAACGUCUUACAAAUAUACUAUAUAUAUAUUUAAAUAUCACCAUCACCACACAGAUAACGAAUACAUUUUCAGAGAGUUUGAUAAAGACAUAAUUGCAGCGAGAGUAUACAGUAACCUUGUGGGAUAUAGGGAAUAUGCCUAUCAAGUGCCUAUCAGUACAUACAGCAACUAUACAGAAAUAUUCAUAGUUUUUCUCUCCUUCAUUGCACAGAUACAGUAUAUACACAAUGGUCUAUGAAAAAUAUACUAUUUAUACUAUUACUGCUAAAACCUGCUGGUUGUGAGUGCAUCCUAAGAGAACCCUUUAAAAUACCUGAAAUCGUCUAUAGAUAUACAGUAAAAGGCUACAUCUGCAAGCUUUAUUUUUUAUCGUACAUUUAUACAGUCUGGAGGAUUCAAAGAUAUCAAAUGCAAUCAUGCUGUCUCGUUUAACUGAACCAAAAAUGGAUUUUAAAAAUAUACAUUUACGGGGAUAAUAUAGUAAUUGAUGAUUAAUAUAUGAACUCUUGACCAUUUUCUUCUUUCACGUUACUCUCUCUCAUUGAUAUUAGGGUUUUUAUUUUUAUUUUGAGUGUUUCAUCACUUGCAAACAAGCCAUAAACUGAACUGUACCGUACUGUACUGUAUGUUUGGGGGGGAGGGCAGGGCAGUGGCACUUUGUGAACAGCAGAGGGAGCCACACAUCAGCUGGAAAAGGUCAAGUUAACUCACCGCGUGCCACAAGGAACCAAAAUCCACACCUAUCUGGGGAUAUUUGGGAAUCUUGUCGUGGUAAUUGCUGUAACUAAAUCCAUAAACAUGGCAGCAGUCUGAUUGCUGGUGUCAAAGUACGCCACGUUGACCUUGAUGACGGGGCCCCUCCACAUGCAAGCCGCUGCCCAACUUCCCCACAACGACCAUUAAAGUUUUUAUCUUAUCUGAAAGCCUUGAAUUUUUACGCGCAGCUUGAAAUCGUAAAGGGCAAGCAACAGGCAACGGGAAAGAAGAAACUGGUCAUUAAAACUUUAAGCUAGAUUUUUUAUAACCAAUACUUGGGAGGCAAAAUGAGAUUACAAAUUAGAAAGUUCUGGCUACACAUGAACACACGGAAUUCAAAGGUAUUUUUAUAAGUGGCCCGUGUAAUGACAUGAAAACAAAACUGAAAGGAAAUAUGGUUGAAGAAGAAAAAAGAAAAACAUAAAUCAAGUUUCAGGGCUGCGAGAUAAAAAGAUUUUGGGACGGUUUAUUAUUCUAUCCCCUGUGGACUAAUUACCACAGUUUUUCUCUCUAACCUUCUCCAGCCUAGUUACUGUGCCAAAUUAAGAAAAAAAAAAAGGACCACUUUUUUAUUUAUAUCACUAUUGUUAAAUUGGGCACGAGAGCCAAGCACAAAAAGGAAAAUUUAAAAUAUAUAUAUAUAUAUAUAUAUAUAUAUAUAUAAAGUAAAAUAAAUCUGUAAACCUUGAUCAAACAAUUUAUUAUAAUGAAAUAAUCAUCAGACUUAAAGUGAUUGCCCUCAUUUUGAAUCUUUAAAUCCUCCAUAAUAAAUAGCCUAGUGUUCAAGUAAAUAGGAGAAAAGAGCUAUGGUUAACAAAUACACAUUUCGACGGCUUAGUUUCAUAGACGUGUAAUGUUCAUAUGAAGCGCAAAUAAUGUAGGCAAUGUGAUAUAGCUAGUCCCUGUCAUCCAACUGUCACACACACUCAAACAGGUGUCUUUUCAGAUUUAACCGAUUUUCGUUUUUCAGCUUUACAGCUAAGCAGAUUUUUUAAAGUGCGACACAGCUAAACUAAGCUAAAACAACAUCCAGAGUAUAUUCACUAUGAUGCUUUCUCUCCGAACAUGCAGUUAUUACACUACCCUGGUGAGGUUUUCAGUAAAAACAUCAUCGUCAUCAGGUAAACCAGCAUCUAUCAGUCCAAAUGAAGCAUGCAGUCCUGUCUAAACAGCUUUUUCCUCCUGUCGGGGAGAACUUUGUUUUUUCGACGGAGCACAAUCUCUAUUUGAAUGGUUCGGUAUCGUUUCCUUGGUUAUUUUCUUUUGCGUUCCCUCUCGCCUUCGUCUUUAAGGCUCAGUCCAGCUUGAAGAGACACUUAGCGUUUCAAACGUGUGCAGCAGCAGCAGCAGCAGCAGCAGCAGUAUAUACAUAAAAAAAAAACAAAAAAAAAACAUGCAUUCCUGUUCAAGUCCAGAACAUUCCUACUCCUAGUCUGGCAAUUCAUUUUCCACACUUAACCAACCUAAUAUGUCAAGACAAUUCAAGAUUCCCAGCGCUUUCCCAUAUCACAUUUGAUCACGUAGUAGCAAACAUUGCCCAUCACAUUUAAGUUCAUAUUUCCCUCUAAUAGAUCACUGUCUUUUCAAAUAAAAUCUCAUCUCAAGUCAAAAUUCUGCCACGAGAUCGCAAACCUUAUAAGCUUCUAGUCCAGUUUCUACUUUGGUGGACUGGUUCUAAACACAACGUGCACUAUGCUAUCACUCUGUGUAGGUCGAGUAGUCCAGGCUCCACGAUGUUGACUCAGCCGACACGUGAAGUCGGUCAUAACGGACGUGCAGACUUAAAGAAAGAAACAAAAUCAUCACUGUAAUGAUCCUACACGGCCGGUGGCGGUGGUAGUUUGUAGAGAAACGGGGGCCAUGCUUAUCAUUAGGAGUCAAAUGAGAAAAUAAAUUCAAUCUGUGCUAGACAAUGUUUGUUUUCGACAAACCAAAGAAGGGUAAAUAAAGAUAAUUUAAUUUUUAUGGAGAAACUAACCUUUAUUUUCUAUAUGUUUGUUGGGGUGGGGGUGGGGGGGCUGCUCGGCAAUUGUUUUAUGGUUUUCUUUUGUUCUUCUUCUCAUGGCAGGGUGCUCGUCUGUGUUUGGUCACUUGAUCGGUUGUUGUGGUCGGGUUCAUUUGCCUCCUGUAGACCAAAAUAGUUUUUUUUUAUAAGACAUGCAACAAAACAUUAAAAAAAUUUAAAAAAAAUGAAUCGGACGCAGUAGCUGUGAUGUUAAACGAUUGCAUGUUGAAACAAGAUUGUAAGUGUUGCAUCGUUCCUCUGACGAAACACAAUAACCCUCAGUAAUCAUUGUCGUGUCUUCUACACACACACACUCAGCUUACGAGUGUUCACGUUCACAUUAGAUUCUGUCUGGAUAGUUUGUCUGACCUUUUUUUUGUUGUUGUUGUCGUCAUCGUUUUUUUUCAAAUAUUGGCACUGUCUAAUAUUUUAAGCCUGUCCCUAAAAUACUAAUCUGACAUUGUGACUUUAGAGUAUAUUUAGCCAUUUAUACUUGAGAUGGACCAAGAUGUUAAGUUUGCACAUAUUUGUAGGUUGUUUAUUAAGCCAAAAAAAAAAAAAAAAAAAACACCAAGGAAAGAGAAGAACAAUCGUCAUGAUAAGAAUUCAUAACUUUCAGUCGCAUCAAUUCAAAGUCCAAUGUACCUGAGGUGCUGCGAGCACGUCUUCGUCUUUAACGUUCACAGCCGGUCGUCACGUCAUGAUGAAAAUGAAUUGAACUCGAACGUCACAAUCUGGCCCAAAUAUUUCAGGAAGUGAUGAUCUAUUUUUCUAAUAAUAACAACACAUCACUUGUAAGCAGAAUGUAAAGACAAUUCAGCUUUAGGUUUCCUUCUAAGGUCUUAUUCUUGGUGAAUCUGCUGUAAAGGCUUCAUCCUGUGUGUUUAAAAUAGGAAAUACGAUUACUGUAAAUUCAUGCAAUGUAUUUUUUUUGCUUCACCUGGGACGAAGACAGAAUUGCUCCAAUAUUAGACAUUUCAAAUCCGUAACCACACGUCGCACUAAUAUAUAUAAAGAAGUAUAUUUUCAUCUGGCUUUCAGGCUUUUUGCAGCCAUAUCUUGUACGUAGUUGCUUUUUGUAAACAUGCACUUGAGUUGAACUUUAUAAAUGUGUAUAUUUUGUUAGGCUGGUUCUUGUUUUUGCCCCCAUUUAGCUCGAUAUUUCCCUGAUUUCCCUUAAAGAAAAUACUUCUCCUAUAGAGUUUUGAACUUGGCAGAAGUGGAGCUGUUGUAGUAAAAGGUAGUUAACAUCACAACUAAGCAACCCUGAAAUAUAUGCUGCAGUUACGUGUUUUCAGUUUGUUUUUGAUAAUAAUAAUAAUUUAUGCUCCAAGUUGGUUUGUAUUUUAUUAUUAUUAUAUUAUGAUUAUUAUAUUAUGAUUAUUAUUAAUGUUGUAAUGAAACAAGCUUGUUUGAAAUGUAUUGACUGCUGUUUUGAAAUAGGGGAUAGAGUCUUUUCUUAUGUGUGUGCAAGAACGUUUUUUUUUUUUUUUUUUUUUUUUAUCAAAUGAUUUGUCAAACACUGGACUGGAGCAAGUUUUCCAACAUUUCCAAGUUGAGAGAUGUAUUUGACAGACAUAGCUGCACAGACCCCCCCCCCCCCCCCCCCCCCGGCCGUACAGGGGUCAACCCAACAUGGCCGCCAUCCUCCCAUUUAAAAACAGGAGUCAUUUAGACGUGAGACAUUUUUCGACAUUUCCUUUGUGCUGGUUAAUUGCAUUUGUUGUGUGAUGGGUUACAUGUAAUGGAAAGUAUUUAUUAGGGUCCUACUUCCAAAUUAUUGCAUUGCAUUGAUUUUUGUUUUUCUGAGGAAGAGAGAGAGAGCUCACUUAAAUAUUGUGGAAGACCUUGUAAAGGGACACGGCACGAGAGCGAUGUGGCUCUCGAGUUCACCUGCAUGUUCUUACCACGGUCGAGCAGAUAUGACUCAUGACACCAAGCACCACUUCUCAAACCAGAAAAGAGAUUUGCACUAGACUUAUUUUGGUCUUCUAUCUAAAGCAAUAUAAUUCACUCAACACAUUUUGAAUCCAUAGUAUCUGACGUUCGUCUGCCCACGGUGGGAAUGCUGAGUAAAUGGUGAUAUUUGACCAAGUUUUUAUUUAUUAUUUUGUAUUCAAAGGUACAGAAUUGGUUGCCUUUUAGACAAAUGCACACGACAUCCACAUACUGUUCGUAGCAGUUCUUUCUCUCACCCAGCAGUACCCUGAGUAUUGGUGUCUAGGUUGGAGGGGCAUUCAAACUGUGGUUUCCUCCUACGAUUGUUUUUGGACAAAUCAAGCAGCGUCUACAGAUCUGAAGUUGGGAACAGGGGGACGUAUGAGGGAAGGAAUCAUUUCCCAUGAGUCACCUGUCGAAUUUGUCUCCAUCACACAGCCGACCACUCGUUCAAAGACGCAACACAAAUACCAAAAGAUGAGCCCAGCUGUCCACUGUCGUGCACACCUUCCCCCUUAAAAACACUCGUCUCCGCAUAGGGAGUGCUUUUCAUCCGGCACGUCACACAAACAAAAAAAAAAAAUGCUUUAAAGUUGAAACGACAUUGAAAUACUUUUUCGAGAAAAAAAUGGAAAAAAAACUCCAAAUGCACCUUUUGUCAUUUCCACAUCGCAUCAUUUGGCGGCGUAUGUAGAGAACCUGUGUCCACCACAAUGUAUCAUCCUUCAUCCUUUUUCAAACGAGGCCACUCACGGCAGCGUCACGUCCCGGCCUUGGCGUCGUUCAUUUUGUUGAUGGAUAAGUGUAAAUUUUUCAAUAAUUCACAAACAGCAAAACUUCACCAUUUUAUCUGGAUGUAGUGGCUUUUCCUGUUUUUCACCGCGUUGUGGUGUUGUUGAAAGAUGUUGCGGUUUGUCUAAAUAUGUUGCGUGUUAGAGGAAGCAUAAGUAUGUGCCUUCUUGUAAUCUCCUUGGUGAGCUCGUUAUUAUUGAGAAGCUGAAGCCAGCCAAUUGUGUUUGCACUAAAACCAAAUUGCUUUUGUGAUGUAGACUAUUUAAGCAAGCUUGUUGCGUCACUUUAACCGUACAGUAUGCAUGAGGGUGAAAUUGGUAAGUCUAGGGCUAGAGCUCUCAUCUGUUGACCUGUAAACCAGUGCAGCUUAGAGGAUCUUGUGAAUAUAUCUUGGCUUAGUUUUGCAUUCAGUUUUCUAUUCCAUCUCCUUACUCAUCAAGUUUGUCACAAUUUCAACAGUUUAAAAACGGAAAAAAAAAAAUUAAAAAAAAAAAAUCGAAAAACAUAAAAAAUCAAAUAACACAUACCAUAAAUACAAUACAGCUUUUACUUUCACAUGCCACAGUUAGAGACUUACACAACUGCAGUAGAGACGUUCAUUUCUCUGAAUCCAUGGGAGCGCAUGAGUAUAAGGGGUCGCCUCAAGACUAUUGGUCAAAUUAAUUUAGGUUGUUUUUGACAAUACAAAUUUGUAUUUAUUACAUACUUCGUUGACAUCUGAGAAAGGCCUACAUGCUUUGAGUUUUACAAAUGCACCUUAUUCAUGUCAGUCCAUGUGGGGAAAAAAAAAUAAAGAAAAAAGGCUGGCAACGUAAUAUCUCUGAUUUAGCACCUUACUACACAGCAUGUUUUCACUUUAUGCCAGUUUAACUAUUCUUCCAUAUGUAUGAUUUCAGAAAUAAAUCUCAUAUUUUGUGAAAUUGUUUCAUGGGAUGUGCCAAAGUUUGGAGGCGAUCUCCCAAGUGUUUAUGCUUAUCAUUUUCUUUUUUUUCCUCCUUCAGUAAUAGCAAUGGUAUGUUUCCUAUAGCAGUGUGUGGAAUCAAUUUAUCUCAGCAAACAGUAUCAUUACUUGCCAUUUUACAAUAAGCCCUGUAUUUCACAUAUAUUUACCAGUGAUGUGUAUUUGUUAUUAUAAAGAAAAUAGCCGUAAAAGCUUCAUUAUGUUACAUAAUAUUGUGACUUUUUUCGAAAAACUGUGAAGACUUAUCUUGCAUAUACUUUAUACAGAAGUAUUAAGCCUUAAUACAAAAGACUAAAAAAAGUGUGGAAGAAUAAACUGAUUGUUGCUAAGUAAGGAUGAUUUUUGUAAAUGUUACCAGCACUUUUUUUGUAAUUUUCACUCUCUGAGGUAUUGUACAAGUUCAAGCUGUUUGUGAAGUUUGAUUAUGAAGGAAUAAAAACUAGUACUUUCCUGUACUUCACAGAAA